UUUUUAAUAAUCCUAAUCCUACUCUCUACAGCCCUAGGCAACCGCCCCAUGCCUUGAGCCCUUGACGCACAUUCCCCGCGGCACCGCCUUCAGCCAGUUAUUCAACUGGACAACGAGAAGGAGCAGCUCUGGUUCAACCGGCGUCCUACCACCGGACCGCUGCACACCUUCCAUUUUGUCACCGUUGUUCAAUUCAGCUUGACAGGGAAGAGCGCUGCUCGUCGAUUUCAUUUGCGGCUUCGUUUCAGCCGCUUGUCACUGUUGUUCGAUUUCAUCUGCUGCCUCAUCUGCUUCCUUUACUUCCUUUCUUCUUCAGGCGGCUAGGAACCACAAAAUUUGUUUUACAUUAGCUUGGAACCGGGAAGAAUAUGAAACAUUAGCUUCCUAGCUUCAUUCUCAGCCAUUAUCAUGAGAUUUUAAAGAAAGAAAAAAAUUUUCUGUGUGCGUGCGCGUGUUUUUAAAUGGCUUGGCGGGGCCGAGGUCGAGGGCGAGGACGAUUUGGAGGAGGAGGUGGGUUCGGCUAUAUCAAGCAAGAGCCUUUUGUGGAGUUUCCUGAAAUUGAAUUACCAGAUCGCAAAGCUGUGAAGGAGGAAAGGGCCUUAGUUGUUGGGAAUGCAAAGUUACAAAAUUUUUGGAAAAGCUCUGCUUAUUAUCUUGAAGAGACUGUUUCAAAGAACAGCCAGAGCGUAGACAUAGAAAGAUUUUCUGAUUGGGGAAAGUCAAAGUCCACAUCAAAACGUGAUAAGCUUAACAAUUUUCUGCAGCUCACAUCUGUGCAUUUUCCUGCAGAACUUGUUCAAGGUGUGAAGACAGAGCAGCGAAAUCCCAAAAAAGUUCGAUGGAACCCAGAUUCAGACCUGAAAAAGUUCGAUCUAUUUGAGAAGCUUGAACAGAAGUAUCAGGGACGAGAGGAGAAAGAUGAAAAGGAAAAGAAAGAAGGUGAAGAUGAGGAAGAAGAUGAAGAUGAAGAAGUAGAUGAAGCUGAGGAAGAAUUCAGUGAUGAUGACUAUCUGCAGAAUGUUGAUUUUGAUGAUGAUGAGGAUGAUUAUAACAAUGAUGAUGGCAAUGAUGAUGAACCUGUAUAUUAGAUGGCGUUCAAAGAAUGUUUCCCUGGCAUUUGUCUAACAGCAUGGGUUCUAAGAAGUGUAAUAUGAGCAAUGAAGGCUGAAGUUUUAUAGUUGAUACGACGAACAGCAGUCCAUGUACUUUCAUCUUCAUUGCUAGGCAGCACCUUCCGUAACCUCCUACCAUGGCUAGAACUAUCAUCUCUCGAAGGUUCUGAGGCUUCAAUAACUUAAGUAGACGGAAAUAACUAGUGGGAUACUUGUUAUAGCUGUUGUUAUCCAUGAAUAUUUGAAUUCUUGUUUUUAGUCCGUUGAUUUUGAUACACCCCCAUGGGAGGAUGAAUGCUCAAUUUCUCUGUAGUAGGUUUGAAAUGGUGAGCAAGCUGUAUCGUAUUUGUAAGUGAAGGUGCUCAGCUUUGUUUUUGGGCAGAGGAUCUGGAAACUCCCAUGGAAGUGAGAUUUGAUAGAGUAGGAGAAUUCGAUGAAUUAACUAGACAUUGUUAAUGAAAGAAACUAUGGUUGGCAGCAAAAAGCCUUUACGUUAAAGGUUAUUAUUAAGUCCCAUUGAUAAAAGAAAAUUAUUAUACAUAAUUACAGAUUCAGUGUCUGAGACGCGAAAGAAGCAUUUUAGAUGUCUUAACAUUUCCACUAUUAAAGCUGUACUUUGAGCUCAUUAUGAAAGGACUGUGCCAGGUUACCCAA